CUGCUUAAAUAAAAUAACUAUCUACUUAGCAGGUGUAAACCAAUAAUCGAACUCAUUGCCUUAUUGAGUUUUGCUUACACCCCUCCUUUAUGAACGCCCUGUUAAACUGAACGGUUUUCGUCGGUCCCGACGGUGUUCAGAUAGGAGAGGUUUUACUGUAUAUGAUUUGUUUUAUGUUACUCGAUUAUUAUGAAAUCAAUUCAUGUAUAUAUACUUUUGCAUAACUUAUCAAAUAAAUCCAUGUCAUAUUGCUCAUUAGAUAUUGAAUUAGAAGUUUGAUAAAGGUUCUUCGCCACACUUAGUAAUUUAUUCUCAGAACUAAUUAUAUACCUGACAACUUGAUUUGAACAAAUAAAAUAUCAUAUGAUAACAUGAUGAUCCUAUUGUAAAAGACUUUCUAACGCAAUCUAUAGGAAGCAAUUUGAGAUGGUACACCCACUACUUAUAAAUAUCUCUUUUCGAACGUACCAUUUGAAUGUUAAUACUUUUCGUUUUCUAGAAACCAAUGUUAUCUAGAGCACAUCAACUGCGAAUUUAACCAAAGAAGUUUUGCCCUUUCGUGACAGCACAUUUUAUGAUUUGGUCGAAGAACAAUGUGGCCCUAUUGUUGCUGAGAUUAUGAAGAUACAAGAUGUUUCGUCGGUCGAAUGCUUCCUCGAAAUCAACAGUAUUUUGGAUAUUUUAGAACUCGAUUCCGAUGAUCUCAUUCCAUUAAAGAAAAAAGCAGGAAUUUAUCUUAAUGAUGGUCGUUAUAUGAUUAAGAAAGGGAUAGUGUUCAAGGUUGAAACUUUUCUCCAACCUCUUCGUGCUCUUGAUCAUCAAUAUUCAAUUGAUAAUACCUCUCGCAAUUCUUCUAAUUCAUCUGGUGUAAUUAUUUCCGACGAUAUUUUAGGACAAUUUCCAUUUAUACGAACAAUUAUUACUUAUUCAACAGUGAUUAUGAACAGCAAAAUUGACUUCACAAUUUUAAAUAUUAUUUUGAAAACUAUUUUCAAUAAUUUAAUCAGUGAUGAACGAGGUUAUCGAUAUGACAAUACAAUUCGUCAGUUUGCAGCCAGUAUUUAUAUUUUUGGUGGUCGUACAAGAUACGAAUUUAUACGAAUUAAUAUUCCUGCACUUCUUCCAAGUGUAAGAAUUAUUCAGUCAUAUAUUGCGUCUUAUGAAAAUCGUUUAUCUGAAGGAUCAUUUAAUUAUAAUGGCAUUAGUGAUCGUUUUGGUUUAAAUCAAACAGUAUUAGGUUUUUGUGCUGAAGAUUGUACAGCAAUUAUUCCUAAAAUUACAUACGACAGUUCGUCAAAUUCAUUUAUUGGUUUUCCACCUCUACUUGAUGCUAAUGGAAUACCUGUUGCUAAUUGUUUUACAACAGACUCAUUUACUUGUUUAGAAAAUUGGUAUUCGACUUUACCAUCAGCUAAAUUGUUAAAUGCUAUUACUGUUCAACCACUUUCUUCUUCAUUUAGAAAUAUUUCGCCAGAUAUACUUGAAGCUUAUGGAACAGAUGGUUCAUUCACAGCAGCAAAUGUGCUGCCUCGAUGGAGUCAGAUAUAUCAAGAAUUCAAAAAGCGAGGUGUUCGCAUUAUUGGUUACUCCAGUGAUUGUGACAGUCGAUACCUACUUUCCAUGAAAGCAGCACUUGGAUUUUUUGCAAAUUUCGCGUUCGUCGAUCAUGCAGAUUUACUUUCUAUUGAUCUUCCAUCAACGUGGUCCUGGUUCUUUAUGCCACUCGAAUAA